UUCAAGAUGUCAGCCCUCAGUAGAAAUUUGGUUGUUUUAAAAAUAUUGGAAAAGGUCAUGAAACCUUUACCCUGUACAGGUAGUUCAGUUCGACAGUGCAGUUCCAGUGAAGAACAUGCCAAGUUUUUCCCACCAGAGUUGUCUCCCAUGCUUCCUGCUGGAACAUUCAAAAACAAAACUGCAUUUUUAACCGGAGGAGGCACUGGGCUUGGUCGGGGCAUGGCACAGUUCCUGUCCCACCUUGGUGCCAGGGUCAUCAUUGCUAGCAGAAAACUGCCAGUUCUAGAACAAACUGCAAAAGAAAUCAGCCAAGAAACUGGAAACAAAGUGAUACCACUGGCUAUGGAUGUUCGCGAUCCCAAUGUUGUGAAGGCAACAUUUGACAGAGUAGAACAAGAGUUCGGUUUGCCUAAUAUCAUCAUCAACAACGCUGCUGGAAAUUUUGUAUCCCCAUCUGAGAGGCUGUCGCCGAAUGCAUGGAAGACUGUGGUUGACAUUGUGCUUAAUGGGACAGCUUUUGUGACUCUUGAUGUUGGCAAGAGACUAAUAAAAGAAGGAAAAGGUGCUGUUUUCUUGAAUAUAUCAACAGACUAUGCUGAAACUGGGUCAGGCUUUGUUGCUCCAAGUUCAGCUGCUAAAGCAGGGGUUGAAACUUUGACAAAGUCACUGAAUGCCGAAUGGUCACGUUAUGGAAUGAGGUUCAACUGUAUUUCUCCAGGACCAAUAAGAACCAAGGGUGCCUUCGAUCGUCUUGAUCCAGGAGGGAAGUUUAUUCGAGAGUUCACAAAACGGAUACCAGCUGGUCGUACAGGGGAAGUAGCAGAACUCUGUAACCUGGCAGUGUACCUCGUCAGCGACUAUUCAAACUGGAUAUCUGGGCAGAUAAUCCGGAUCAAUGGUGGUGAAUUUCCGAGUGGAUCAGGAAUGUUCAAUCCACUAAAACAAGUAACUAAAGAACAGUGGGAUGUCAUGGAAGCCAUGAUCAGAUCGGUUAAAGGAUCCUGAUUGGAUGUUCAUUAUUCUUACGUUGUCCGUGAUUGGACAGAUUAGCAUGCACAAUACUUUUCAUUGGUCAGGAUGAAAUUCUACAGCCAAUGAUAGAAUGAAGAACUGCAUUC